UCACCAAACCAGUCUCUCCAUCACUGGCACAUCCUCAUCUCAUCAGUGUCCAAUUGUUUCUCAGUCUGUAACGUUUGUCUCAACGGAAUCUUUUAUCAGUUUUCCGUAGGCUGUAAGGUUUUUCUCUUUUUUUCAAAUUGUGCGCCAAAAAUAGCGAAUAUUCGGUAAUCCUAGGUGUAAAAUGAAGAGCAAGGAUAAUUUUGUGGUACGCGUUCAUGGGUACGGCUCAACAGACACCAGUGGUAGCCGUCCAGCUGUAGUAUACUGCAUUCAUGGACGUCCACCAAUGCAAUGCUGUAACGAAAAUGAUGACACCUUCAGCGUCACUCCGUCCACUGAGAUGCUCCUCGGGGGCUCCGAUGGUCACUGCCACACACCACGGCAGGAAGGAGUGGAUAGAGUGGCGCGUCGGCGUCUCCUGAUCGCCAGUCUGCUGUGCGUUAUCUUCAUGAUUGUGGAAAUUGUCGGAGGUGUUGUGGCCAACAGUUUGGCAAUUGCCACGGAUGCAGCACAUCUUCUUACAGAUUUUGCCAGCUUCAUGAUCUCCCUCUUUGCCAUUUGGCUCUCUGGUCGAAAGUCCACAGUGAGAUUGUCUUUUGGAUGGUAUCGAGCAGAAGUCCUUGGUGCACUCAUCUCUGUGGUUCUAAUUUGGGUGGUUACGGCAAUUCUUGUCUUUAUGGCCAUUGAGAGGGUCAUUCAGAGGGAUUUUGAAGUAAAUGCUGUCGUAAUGUUGAUCACAUCGGGAUUUGCCAUCCUCGUGAAUAUUAUAAUGGGAUGCAGCUUGCAUCAGCAUGGUCACUCUCAUGGCGGGAGUUCUGUUUCGAAGUACGAAGAGAACAUAAACGUGAGAGCUGCAUUUAUACAUGUAAUUGGAGACGUUCUGCAGAGUGUGGGUGUUUUCUUUGCCGCCCUCCUGAUCUACUUCAAACCAGAAUGGUACCUGGCCGAUCCCAUUUGUACCUUUAUCUUUUCCAUUAUUGUGGUCUUUACGACUGUGAGAAUCCUCAAGGAUACCUUGCAUGUAUUGAUGGAGGGAACCCCUAGCUAUCUCGACUAUACAGAAGUUAAGAGAACUUUCCUGGAGAUUGAUGGAGUUGUCAGGGUUCACAAUCUCCGUAUCUGGGCAUUGAGUAUCAAUAAGAAUGCUCUAGCUGCCCAUUUGGCUAUUCGUUCGGACACAAAUCCCGAAUCAAUCCUCCGUAUUGCCACGAAAACAGUUCAUAGCAAGUACAAUUUCUUCGAAACUACCAUUCAGAUCGAAGAAUUUACGCCAGAAAUGGAGAAUUGCCACCAAUGUGUUGAUCCUAUGAAGUAGCAUUUUCCUUUACUUAGUUCUUUUUUUCAGUUAGGCCUCUUUUAGUUAAAAAUAAAGGAAAUAACGCUGGUA